AUGCUCUUUACGUGCGCGACUCUCACACUCUCCACUCAGCAAAACGCUAUCUUCGCAUACUCUCCGCCAUACCGCAUUACUCAAGGUGUACACUUUACAAACGUAUCCAACAUGAAGCAUGUUCUAUACCUCGCAGCCACUGUCCCUUUCGCAUACAGCAGGACUGCCGGCCAGCUCUGUGCUGUAUUGGCCAUCACAUACAACAACAUCAGUCAACCUGGUGCAUACAACCGUACUACCUAUGUGGACUCCGGUACAGGUCUCUGUGGCCAUGAGACGGUUCGAUAUCCUUCGACAGGGUCGCUCACACCAUUGUUUGGCGAGGUCUCGAUGCACCUUCGCGGUCCCAUGAACAUUUCUCAGCUCGCUGUGUACCAACUGCCCAGCGAGGCUUUUAAGAUGAGAAAGCGAAGUACAGUACCUUUCUACAACCGACGGCGGGUGCUAAAGCAGCGAGACCGCCACUAUGACAAUAUGAACGAGACACAGCCACUUAACAAGCGAACGUGGACCACUACUAUCAACUGCAGCUCUGUAACUACUACAACUUCGACCGUCACCGUGACAAGUUGUGCAAGUACUCUAAGCAGCGCCUCUACAACACUGCCGAAUACCACCUAUGUCGGUCCUCCUCUACCUUGUUUACCCACCCCGGAUAUGACACCUACAAUCACCGAUACUCAAAAUACAUCGAUCGUCAAUCUGUCAAGCUCCAACUAUGCAUAUCAAAGGCCACCUAUUGUCACCCAGAACCUUGAACGCCACCCGAACUUCGCUUUGAAGUCCAGUCCUACCCAGUUUCCAAGUUCAAGAACCGGCGAUGCAGAGGUCCACAAAAGAGCUGCAGCGUGGGACCGUGUUGCGUACUAUACGUCAGCAGCCCCUGCUGAGGCCACGGGUUUUUCUUUCCUUGCCAAUCUAGGUGAUCCACGACAAUCUGGGACCUUUGACUAUGCCUUCGGUAACUCGCUGAGCUUCGUCACUCCUGCUGGCAACAAAGUCUCACCGGGGAGCGAGCCCUUCGACGGCACUCUCGACACCUCGGAGUACGAGAUUGCAGUCUUCUCCGACAGAGAAUGCGACAUCAACUGCCCGUACUGGCGGCCCAAUGCCACCUCCCACUACGCCUGGUCAGGAUCCUCGAAAGCGUUCUUCAUAGAGUUCCAGAUGGAUCACUACCAAAAUCGCGGCAGCGACUAUGGCCUCAUAUCCGACGCUCCGGCCUGGUGGUUCCUCAAUGCCGCCAUACCUCGCGUCCUCCAGUAUGGCAAUGACCGCAACAACAUACCCUGCUCCUGUUGGUCGACUGGCUGUGGAGAGUUUGACGCUUUCGAGAUCCUUGGCAAUGGAGAGGAGAGAGCGAAGAGCACUAUGCAUCGACAGGGGAACCUUGAAGGAGGUGAUUCGAACUACUUCAAGAGACCGGUGGGGAGGACGCUAAAGUUCGCCGUGAUUUGGCAUUUCCCGCAUAUCACUGCGAGGGUGCUGGAUGAUGAUUUUGAGUUUACGGAAGCUUUGACGGAGGAUCAGAUUGAUGCUCUUGUGGCGUAUGAUCCGGAUAGCUGGGUACACUCGUUAUUUCCUAUCGGCGACUGAGGGUGGUCCUGAGACUUGAAGCUGCCACCAAGAAAUAUCUAUACCGACAUAUAGAGCAUAUGGUAAUUCACGCAGUCCUC